AUGAACUUUGUUCAUAACACUAGCUAUGUUCAAGGCUACAAGACUUAUCUUAAAAGAUCUAACCAAAGAGAAGCCAAUAUUUCUUGUCUACAGCAACACAUUCCAGCAGAAUUACAAGAGCUAGAACUUGGUAAAGGCAAUCCGAGGUUCAGCAUACUCAGUAUUGGGGCUGGAGAUGGUUUUAUUGAUCAGGAAAUACUGAAGUUUGUACGAGUAGGAUAUUUGAACGCAGGCGACAAACAGUUGCAAGAAGUUGAGAUCCUGAAUACAGCGGUUGAACCAAAUACUGCGUUCCUUGGCCAAUACAAAGAAUCCAUUGAAAGGCCAUCUGACGAGACAAAAGGUCCUUCAAAUCAAAGGUCAAUUCAGUUUGAUCUCAAACCGAUGUCAUUUGAGGAAUACGCAAAGAGUAAACACGAUCAAAACCAGUAUGACCUGGUCCAUGCCAUACACAGUCUAUACUAUGUGGAGAGCAUGGAGUCUACAUUGAAGCAUUGCUAUCACAACGAACUGGGAGAAAAAGGAUUGAUUGUAUGUCUGCUUGGAACAAAGUCUCAUUUCGCUAUUUUAACCAAAUUUAUCCUAAAGAAAUUUCGACCUGAAUACCGAAUACCUUCAACCGGUACUGCUGAAGAUGUCAUACGCGUAGCAGAAAAGAAUUUCAUGAAGUAUAAAAAGGUGGUUGUUGCUUUCUCGGUUGACGUGACAAGCGUUUUCGACCAACGUUCUGAGGAAGGAGGUCAUCUGCUUGACUUUAGUACACUUGAAGAUAAUUAUCAUCAAACAGCCGACCCAGAUGAGCUCAAGGAGAUUUUGAAGAUGUUUCUCAUACUCAUUAAUUAUUCAUGA